CUGGGGCCCCUGCUGAGUUACUCCGAGGUCAAAUCAAAGUGUGAGAUGGUGGCCUCGUCUCUUGCUUUCCUGCGAGCGUCCGGCCUGUGCCGAAGGGGCGUGAGCAGUUGGGCGCGGUUACCAGCGCCUCCACAGGUAAGGCAGGGUGGCCGGCUUACUGGGGCCCCGGCCCGCAUGGCGGCGACGGUGACCCUGGAGCCCCCGGGCCGCCGCUGCUGGGACGAGCCGGUGCGCAUCGCCGUGCGCGGCCUGGCCCCCGAGCAGCCGGUCACGCUGCGCGCGUCCCUGCGCGACGAGAAGGGCGCGCUCUUCCGGGCUCACGCGCGCUACCGCUCGGACGCCGGCGGCGAGCUGGACCUGGCGCGCGCGCCCGCGCUGGGCGGGAGUUUCGCGGGGCUCGAGCCCAUGGGGCUGUUCUGGGCCCUGGAGCCCGACAAGCCCUCAGUGCGGCUGGUGAAGCGGGACGUGCGAACACCGUUCGUCGUGGAGCUGGAGGUGCUGGACGGCCACGAGCCCGAGGCCGGGCGGCUCCUGGGCCGGGCGGUACACGAGCGCCACUUCCUGCGGCCCGGGGUGCGGCGGGAGCCGGUGCGCGCGGGCCGGGUGCGCGGCUCGCUCUUCCUGCCGCCAGAACCUGGGCCCUUUCCUGGGAUUGUGGACAUUUUUGGAGCUGGAGGUGGCCUUCUAGAGUAUCGAGCUAGUCUGCUGGCUGGAAAGGGUUUUGCUGUGAUGGCUCUGGCUUAUUAUAAGUAUGAAGACCUCCCCAAGACCAUUGAGACCCUCCACCUGGAGUACUUCGAAGAAGCUGUGAACUACCUGCUCAAUCACCCUGAGGUAAAGGGUCCAGGAGUUGGGCUGCUUGGAAUUUCCAAAGGGGGUGAUCUCUGCCUCUCCAUGGCCUCUUUCCUGAAGGGCAUCACAGCUGCUGUCAUAAUCAAUGGCUCUGUGGCGAAUGUUGGAGGAACCUUACACUACAAGGGUGAGACCCUGCCCCCUUUGGGCAUCAACAGAAAUCGAGUCAGAGUGACCAAAGAUGGCUUUUUAGACAUUGUGGACGUCCUAAACAGCCCUUUGGAAGGACCUGACCAGAAAAGCUUCAUUCCUAUAGAGAGGGCAGAGAGCACCUUCCUGUUCCUUGUAGGUCAGGAUGACCACAACUGGAAGAGUGAGUUCUAUGCUAAUGAGGCCUCUAAACACUUACAGGCCAAUGGGAGGAAAAAGCCCCAGAUCAUCUGUUAUCCAGGGGUGGGGCACUAUAUUGAGCCGCCUUACUUCCCCUUGUGCCAGGCUUCCCUGCACACCUUGGUGGACAGUCUCGUCAUCUGGGGAGGGGAGCCCAGGGCUCAUGCCAUGGCCCAGGUGGAUGCUUGGAAGCAACUCCAGACUUUCUUCCACAAAUACUUGGGUGGUGAAGAGGGGACAAUCCCAGCAAAACUGUAAUUUUUAUUUGAUAGUGUGGCAUCUCUGACACUCCCCCUGGGAACACCAGCCACAAUUAGUGUGUGUAUGUGCAUUCCUUUUUUCUUUUUAAUAAAUACUUAGGGUUUUCCCCCCCUUGCUGUUAAAAUGAACUUACCGGUAAGAAUGAGUUUUUAAGAUUUUUAUAAACUGCACACCUUAUCAGUUUGGGAGGGGAGUGAUUUUGCAGAAAACAGGAGAGGUAGAAAAAGUGUACCUCUUUCUGUCUCACAACACACAACUGAUAUGGUUUAGCUCUGAAAGGAAAUGUGAAUAACACCAAUUAACAGUGCCUGGCACAUAAUCAGAGUUCAACAAUUAUUUGCAGAAUGAUUAGUAAACAAAUGAUUACCUACUGUGGAAGAAAAGCAUAUAAUAACAAAACUAUUAUAUAUUAGAUUUGAGUUUCUCCUUUAAGAAUGGAGUUAACAUAGCAAUAAACUGAUUACUAGUUAAAUAUAAAACUACUAGAAAUUUUCAAAGCAAAUACAUUUUUAUUUCUUUGAUAUUUUCUCCUUGGAUGAAUAAAGAUUCUCCUAGUGCCCUGAGUGGAGUUACCUUCCCCACUCUGGCUGGGUCAUCCCAGAGCAAGCCAUUUUAACUCUCUGAGCCUCUUUUCCUCCCAUCUGUCAAAUGCGGCUGGCAGUGCCGGCAAAAGAAUCCAGUGGCAUGGUGGUGGGGGUGAGCACUGUUUGCAUGUGAGAUGUAUGAUGUUCCUGCAACCCCCUGUCCUCCCCCACUCUUCCCUGACCUUCUCCUCCUCCAUAUCUCCCUUUGGGAGGGUUGGGGAAAGUGGAUAAAACAGUAAUUCAUUGUCCAGAAGACUUUUGUUGUCUUUGGUGGCUAAUCAAGGGUUAGGUUAGAAGGAGGUCUUCUGUUUAGAAGAUUUAAGUUUUAGUGGUGAGAGAUGAACAAGCACCCAUGAGAGUUUCACGUUUCUAAUUCGGGCACUUGGAGGGAUGUUAGAAUGGAUAUUUGUUUUGGAUAAAUUGAUUUGAGGUAACAAUAGUCAACACCUGUGUAACAAUAGUCCACAAUGUAUUGUAUAUUUCAAAAUAGCAAGAGAGGAUUUUAAAUGUUCUCACCACAAAGAAGUGAUAAAUCUGAGGUGAUGGAUAUGGCAGUUAUCCUGAUUUGAUUAUUAUAUAUUCACAUUGUAUGCAUUUAUUGAAACAACAGUUACCCCAUGAAAAUGAACAAUUAUUUUGUCCAUUCAAAAUAAAUUAAAAAAUAAAUUU